CGCAAGGCUUUUUUCCGAAUUUAAUUCACUUAUGUAAUAAUCGCUUGCUGACACAGAGAUGGCUCAACCAAGUGUACAGUUAGCCUCAAUCGACGAGGAUAAGUCAUUAAGUCAGCAUAAGCAGCAGGAUAUCAAAAUUACUGUUGCUUCACAAACUCACACAAAACCGUGUCCAGAUCUACUUAAUGGGCCUAGAAAAGAUUACAUCACCACUGGUAUCCCUCUAUAUGAAGCAUCAAUUAAAGGUGAUUGGAAAGCUGCUAAAGCCAUUCUUGAUAAAAGGCACGAGUUGGUAAGGUAUAGUAUCACUGAAAAUGGCGAAACAGCACUUCAUGUUGCAGCAUCAGCAAAAAGCACCAAACAGGUUGAAGACUUCGUGGAAAAUCUGAUAGAAUACAUGGAAAAGACAGAUCUGGAACUUGAAAACAACAGUUCCAACACUGCCCUCUGUUUAGCAGCUGCAGCUGGAAAUGUUAAAAUGGUUAAGAUUAUGGUGAAAAAGAACAAAGCCUUGGUUGCAAUCACUGGUAGUCAACAAAUGACUCCACUAUACAUGGCUGCCUUGUUUGGACAUUAUGAGGUAGUGAAGUUUCUGUAUGAUAAUUCCCAGAAUUUGCACGAUGAUUGUUGGACACCUCAAAACCGUGGUUGGCUUCUUCUGAAAUGUGUUGAGACUGAUAUGUUUGAUAUUGCACUAAAGAUAGUGCAAGAGUAUCCAGACCUUCGUAGUAGUGGAAGUGUGCUUGGAGUUUUGGCUAAAAAGGCUGAUGUAUUUGCUGAAACAGAAUCUAAUAUCUUUAAGAAAACCUUCAAUUGGGUGAUUAAUCCAAAGAAGCAAGUUCUAGAAAGGGAAAGUAAAGCAAAAGCAUUGGAAUUACUUACACUCAUUUGGGAAAAUAUUGCUGAGAAGCCUAGGAACGAAAUUGAUGCCAUAAUCAGAGGCCCUCCUGAUCCUCUCGUUAAGCCAGAUGACAAGUCACCUUCUGACAAAGAAGAACAAACUUUUGAACUACUAAAACGAAUUUCUGAUGGAAUCGACAAAAUGCCAUUUGAAAUCCGAAACUUAAUUAAAGAUUCUCCUCCUGUAAUUCGUCCGAAUGUACCAAUUCGGGGAAAUCCAACUAAAAAGUACUCUGCUCGAAUAAUAUUUGUUGCUGCAGAAAUGGGGAAUACAAGAUUUAUUAUCGAGCUUAUACGUAAGUAUCCUGAUUUGAUAUGGAAAGUAAAUGAUAACAAUCAAAGUAUAUUUCACACUGCUGUCAAACAUCGCCAUGAGGGUAUCUACAACUUAUUGUACGAGAUAGGCUCAAUGAAGGAUCUCAUAACUCCUCUCAAAGAUAAAAAUGACAAUAAUAUGUUGCAUUUAGUUGGGAAGAGUGCAAAGAAAAAACGACUUGAGGACGUGUCAGGAGUCGCUUUACAGAUGCAACGUGAACUAUUGUGGUUUAAGGAAGUAGAGAACAUGAUUCCACCUUCUUAUCGGGAACGAAGGAACAAAGAAGGCCUAACACCACACGAAUUAUUCACCAGAGAACACAAAGAGUUAGUCAAACAAGGUGAGGACUGGAUGAAAGAUACUGCCAGCCAAUGUAUGGUGGUUGCCGCCCUUAUUGCCACCAUAGUAUUCGCCGCAGCUUUUACAGUGCCAGGUGGAUACAAUCAGGAUGAUGGUAUCCCUUACUUUAAACGAAAAGGAACCUUUAUAGCUUUCGUAGUGUCAGAUGCUGUGUCUUUGUUCUCAUCUUCAGCUUCAAUCCUCAUGUUCUUAUCUAUCCUCACAUCUCGUUAUGCUGAACGUGAUUUCUUGGAAUCGUUACCCAAAAAGCUUAUGAUAGUUCUCUUAUUUGCUACGUUGCAAUUUCCUUUGUGGAAAGAUAUAUUUCGGUCGACGUAUGGUUCUAGAUACCUCUUUCGGCCCAAGAAACAGGUUCUUUACUAUGAAGACUCCAUGUCUAAUCAUCGGUGGUGGUUUCCGUUUAGAGUACCUUUCAUUUCAAAAUGCACUUCGAAAAUAUUGAAAUUGUUGUAA